ACAUUCUGAAUCUAGAUCUAGGAGGAGGGCAAAGUGUGGAUGCUUGAUCGUUAAAAGUCGCGACGGGGCCGCCAUGUCUGGGCCACCGCCUAUCCGAAUUGUGCUAUGGAACGAUGGUGGCGAGGGACUAGCAUCCGGCGUGGAGGAUGAACAGCUACAGGAUGUCCUGCGAUCUUAUGCAAAAUUAGUGUCUGAAUCAAUUGAAUCUGUACUAAGCCUGCACCAAUUCAGACACGUUGUGGCGGUGGAGGUUGAGGACGCCGCCGAGGGUGUGUCGUCGUCCUUGUCUAUCGGAUUUGACACUUCAUCCUCGGACAGCGCAGUGGACUUGGGCAAGCUGCGCGGCCGGCUCAAUGUUUCUGGCCUCCUGCUCGGUAGCGCCGUGCUGCCCGAUGACUUAAGGGAGGUGGCUGAAGUGGUUGUGGCUGAAGAUGAGACGGGCGCGACCGAAUUGCAUUGGACCGACGAGUCCCUGGCGAAGGACGUGGAGGCAAUUCUGAAGCGCGCUCGUGUAGUGAACCGCUACAACAGCUGGUUCCGCGGCGUGGAGGAGACGCUGUCUCCUGCGCUUGACGCGGCCACCGGAGCAGUGGAGGCCACGGAAACGCCCCUGGACCCCUUCGACAUCCUGCAGAUCUUUGUCGGGCAACUGAUCCGAGUGGCAGCACAUAGCUUCGCGCACACAUGCCCCCGGAGAUCCAAGGACAAAGGCGCCUCCCCCGGCCGCCAGCGUGACUACUACGUCACCAAGCAGAGCUAUUGGCGCGGGGCUCUGCUUCAGGAGCCGUUCAGUGAACCCCCUAUGGGAGUGAGAGUCCCUGCCGUUCAUCGGUUUGACGGUGUGUCGCCGCAGCCUCCGAACCUGCUGCACCGGGGGGGCCAGCUGGUCGGUCGGGUGCUGGGGGCGCCCCAGGCGGCGCUGCGCCAAGUGACCAAGCGGCUGGGGCGGGCGCAGCGGUUGUGGUGGCGGCUGGAGGACGUGGUGGUGGAUGGCGGCAAGCUGGCGGCUAAGGUGGCGCUGAAGGCAGCACGACCGGUGCUUGUGGGUGAGCCGGGGGGUCGUGGGGGAAAUGGGGAAUGGGGGUUUGUUGGCGGGAUGUGGGACAGGGAAGGGCUGGCGGCUGAGGAGGCACAGCAACAGGGCGAAGAUGUGCACAGGCAGUUGGGUGGUGGUUGGGUACGGCAGGGGCCUCGCGUGAGUGACGCGAGGGCAGCACACCCGUUGAUGCUCUGCGCCAGAUAG